AUGUUUUAAAUUAUUUACCCGUUUAUGUUAUGUGGUGAUAAUUACCUACAGUUUGCUACUUCUCCGUCCACUGGAGGCACUGUUCACUUUUUAGAUUGCGUUACUUAUAGGCAAGUAGUGUUGCCAAGUCAACUUUUUCUAGACGAAUGUUUUUCUGCCACUUUGAUUGACACAGUAUAAUAAGGGUGUCUGUGUAAAGAUUAAGUUGUCUGAGUACAAACACAUGUUGAAAGCUUACAAAGACCGUUUACAUUUAUUUAGUUUUUCAUACAAACAUUGUCACACAAUUUUUAAACACUUGGCAACCCAGACCCUCGACGAAAUCGUGGCUGCAGCCAUAGCAGCCAGAUUCAGCUUGGUAAACAAAGCGGACUGCUAGCAAGCUAACAGUUAUCCCAUUACAGUUUGUGCAAAAAAAACGGUCUGAAUUUAAGAGUAAAGCAUUUCCGGGGACGUUAAAACAGUAUGUAUAGUUAUAGUCUAAUUCGAUUUUCCUUCUAAGGACACAAUAAUGUAAUUCAAUAGUUUUUAUGGAUCGUAUGCAGUAGCUAACUGGUUAGCCUUCAGUGAGGGUGCAUUGAUUCGUGUAGUGAGCAAGAUGAAACUAAACUCUAUGGUCAGUUUCGUAAGUGACGGUUUGAUAAUUAGUAUAUCUUAGUUGACCAUGUUUAGAUUAUUUUGCCCUUAUUCUCUGGUAGAAUGACAUAACAAAAUGUCUUUUUUAAGUAAAUCACGAGUCGCCCAGAUAGGCAGAUAAGAGGGUACUAGCAGAUAACGGUUUGAUUUUAAAAACACAAAUUAGCCAGGAAUUUUAGUAAUCAGCCAAGACGGCUGUCAUUAAAUAAGUCCUAGUUCAAGCACUUAGGGUGAAAUGUUCAAUCUGAUGGCGAACUGCUGCAACUGGUUGAAACGAUGGAGAGAACCUGCAAGGAAGGUGACAUUAGUAAUGGUUGGACUGGACAAUGCUGGAAAAACCGCUACAGUCAGAGGAAUCCAGGGAGAAAGUCCUUUAGAUGUAGCACCUACAGUGGGCUUCUCAAAGGUGGACUUGAAGCAGGGGAAGUUCGAGGUCACAAUCUUCGACCUGGGUGGCGGUAAACGUAUCCGUGGCAUUUGGAAAAACUACUACUCUGAGUCUUAUGGAGUGGUGUUUGUUGUGGACUCCAGUGAUGUCCAGAGGAUCCAGGAAACCAGAGACACGAUGGCUGAGGUUCUCCGGCACCCUCGUAUUGCAGGCAAACCUGUAUUAGUACUGGCUAAUAAACAGGACCAAGAUGGGGCAUUGGCUGAAGCAGAUAUCAUCGAGACCUUGUCAUUAGAGAAGCUCGUCAACGAGAAUAAAUGCCUCUGUCAGAUUGAGCCCUGUUCUGCUGUGUUGGGUUAUGGUAAGAAGGUUGACAAAUCCAUCAAGAAUGGCCUUAACUGGCUCCUGAAUAACAUUGCCAAGGACUACGAAGCAAUUUCAGAGCGUGUGCAAAGAGAUACAGCAGAGCAGAAGGCUCAGGAAGAACAAGACAAGAAGGAAAGAGCAGAGAGAGUUCGGCGGAUCAGAGAGGAGAGAGACAAGCAGGAGCGAGAGGAGGCAGAGCGAGAAGGAAGGACACUGAAAGAGGAUGAGCUAGACGAUGUCAACAUGCCCAACCCAUUCCAGCCAAUAAGCAGUGUUGUUACUGAGUUUGAAGACAAACUAAACAAAGAGAAAGAGAUCCAAAGACAGAGCAGUGAGCAAGAACAGUCAGCCCUUCAAGAUGAGGAGGAGGAGGAAGAAGAGGAGGAUGAAGAGAGCGAGAGACAGACCCCGGAGAGUACAGAAUCAGGAGCAGUGGACCAGACCAAAAAGAAAACUAGGAAAUUACGAUUGAAACGCAAGCAUAGAGUUGACCCUCUUAGAGUGGAAGAAGCAGCAGCCAAAAGCCCCACCCCUCCUCCCCUACCAGUUGGAUGGGCUACUCCCAAAGUUUCUAGGCUCCCCAAACUUGAGCCUCUUGGAGAUACAAGGCAUUCUGCAAGCCUCAGCCACAUCCUUCCUGUACAGUCAUCUAUCAUCAGCCAACAGAAAUACCACAGCCAUCUACCUUGAUAUUAUUUCUAUGGCAAACCUCUCCCUCCUGUAGCAAUUAGGCAGAGGCCGAACAGCGAUACUCAUGAUGUAAUUUCCUAACACUACCUUUGCUUCCCCCCCCUCGCUGGUUCACAAUUCUUAAGGGCCCCAACCAAUCAAAGUAUUGUUUUGUUCUUAUCUUAAAGCACGGGCAGUGUAGCAAUCUACGCAGAUGUAAUUGCCCAUAAGCGAGGAACUGAUACCCAAUCGGCACACCCAGAUGGAUCACAUGAACUCGUGCAACCAAUGACUGAUGGUCAUCAGAAGCUGUUUCCUUGGCCAGUGUUUGAAUGAGAUGAAAGGACAUGGACAUUCAAUGUAUGACAUAUUCUUAUCUUAUAAUGUUCUUACAUUAGAACGGUUGAAUAUUUUGAUUUAUGUAGAGCCGUUUGUUUAGCUUUAUCAAAAUACUUAAAAUCAGUAUUAACAUUUGCAACUUAAUUGAGACUUUUUUUGUGGACCUAUUUUUUAAGAGAAUUGAAAAAUAUGUAAAUACAUAAAAGAGUUAAAAUUUGUGUACUUGAAAUUGUACAAACAUGUUCUUAUGGUUCAUGUGCAUAUCUUAAACUCUUGUGCAUAUAAAAUGUGCAGUUAAUUGUGACACAGUUUGCCUUUAAAAUAUUAGAAAAUAUCUUUUUUUUUUUUCAGCAGCAUCUAUAGGUUUAUACACUACGCUGUCUUAAUUUUGAGAACAACAUUCAAACUCUCAAAUAGCACCAGCAACAGAUAAAGAUAUCUUGAGAAAGUUAACUUUUACAUGAUUUGAAACAUUUUGUUUGUACAAGCUCGUUAUUGAGUUUGAAAAAGCUUUUUUUUCUUACAUAUGGUACAUCAUACUUUAUCAGGGAGGAAAACACAUUUGUCAUCUACUGAAAGAUGAAGUGUUACACUUCUAGUGUAACAAUGCUCAACCUCCAUAUAAAUAUAUAUGUUAAUGUAUCAUGUCAUAUACUGUAAACGCUGCUUUCAUAUUUAUUAUUUUAUGCUAUUGCGAUUUUUAUAAUUUACAUUGUUGUUGGAUGUUUUUGUUGGAUGUUUUGUUUUGUAUUUUACCCCACACACUAAUAUUUAGUUGAUGAGAAGUUCUGUCCAUCAUCCAGUUUGCUCUGCUUUCAGUACCUAAGCCUUUUGUAACCAGUUUACAUUUAAUAUGAAUGUCAAAUUAAAAAAGAGAGAAAUUUUAUUCCGUUAAUGUUCACUCUCAUUCAACACACAUCCGUGUCAUCACAACUGUUUGACAAUGCACAAAUAAACAUUUGCACAACUGUUAGCGGCGCCCUCUGCUGGUUUGUGCCGUAACUACAUCAUCAUGGUUUUGUUCAUUAAAACUAUUAAAGAGAGCUGAACUGUG